AUGACAGAUGCUCAAAUAAAGGACCUCGUUUUUAAACGUGGUACUUUAAAACGCACUUUAACUAAUAACGAACAAAAUGUGAAUGCAAUUAAUGAUAAUUCAAAUCUUAAUCUGCUUAACCCUGCUGAAAGAUUGCGUAAGUUAGAAGAGACUUGGACGGAAUUCCAAGAUAUUCAGUCGCAAUUAGAAUUUUUCUUUAUUGAUGAUAACGACAAUCUUAAAGUACAUGAACUCGAAAGAACUGAAUUUGAAAAUCGAUAUUUUAAUUUAACCGGGCGUUUACAAUUCUAUAACGAUAAAUUAAAAUAUUCAAAUGCUCCAAUUUCUUCGGGCUCAAGUUCGACACAACCAAUUCAAGAUGCUGCUUCUAACAGAAGUCAAAACAUUACACCUCAAAUCAAAUUGCCAACAAUUAAUCUGCCAACGUUCUCGGGUAGUUACGAUACGUGGUUGGGUUUCUCAGACACUUUUAAAUCAAUCAUUCAUCAAAAUGAAAAAAUUCCUACAAUUCAAAAGUUACACUAUUUAAAAUCAUGUUUGAAGGAUGAAGCCGCCGCGAUAAUUGAUGCAAUUGAAACAUCCUCAACAAAUUAUCAGGUUGCUUGGGAUUUAUUAGAGGAACGAUAUAACAAUCGUCGAUUCAUAGUCGAAAGUCACACUAAGGCUUUGCUUGAACUUCCAGCGUCAACAAAAGAAUUUUCGAUUCGCGCAAUACUCGAUCAUGUUCAAAAACAUGUGAGAGCACUGCGAGCAUUAAAUAUACCUGUUGAUAAUUGGGACACAAUUUUAAUUUCCAUCAUUAAGGGCAAGUUAAAUCAAUUUAAUCGCGACAAAUGGGAAGAUUCAACAGCAGAGUCAAACCUUCCGACUAUGAAAGACAUGUUUACUUUUUUACAACGUAGAGCACAAUUAGAAGAAACUCGACUUGAGGAAAUUCAGAUCAAAUCGAGUAAUAAGUCCGAAAAUCAAAAGAGCAAUUCAAAGUCGUUUAAAAAAUCCAAUGUUCAACAUUCGCAUGUUACUACACAGAGUAAACCAAUUUGCUAUUUUUGUAAAGGGAAUCACGCCAUUUAUUCGUGUCAAGAUUUAUUAAAGCUGUCAAUAACUGAACGUUUACAAAAGGUUAAAGACUUAUCAUUGUGCAUGAACUGCCUGCGUCAGAAUCACCAAGCACACAAAUGUCAAUUAGGUCCUUGUCGAAAGUGUAAAGAAAAACACAAUUCUCUUCUCCAUCCAGAAGAAACUGAAUCUCAAUCUGUGAACUUGGCAACUGACAAUAAUUCAUCAGUUAUGUUGCAAGCUCAUGGUAAUCCACACUCAUUAAUAUCCACGGCAAUUGUCGACAUUAAAGACUCACAGGGCAAUUUUCAUUCUUGCAGAAUUUUGUUAGACAGUGGAUCACAAUCUCAUUAUAUAACGGAGAAAAUGGCUGCCUCUCUCGAUUUAAAGGCAAGCCCAGUCAAUAUCAAUGUCACUGGGUUUUCGUUGUCACAAACCUCGAUUACAAAAUCAAUUUCAAGUACGAUGAAAUCACGAGUUAAUAAAUAUGAAGCACAUUUAGACUUUUUUGUUGUCCCGAGAAUCACUAGUAAACUGCCUUCAAUUUCAAUCAAGCGCUCCCAAUUGUCAAUUCCUCAGCACAUAAAACUGGCCGAUCCUGAGUUUUACAAAUCAGCUGAUAUUGACGCACUUAUCGGUGUGCAACUAUUUUACAAAUUGCUUUGUAUCGGGCAGCUUUCUAUUCCGGGUCACGAUGCCAUCCUUCAAAAAACUCGCUUGGGAUGGAUUGUAGCAGGAAACAUUUUUCAAGGUUCCUCCAAGUCCAAAACUGAGUCAUGUCAUUUAGUUGUUAAUUCAACAACUCAACCCGAAGAUAUUUUUUCUCAAUUCUGGGAGCUUGAACAAGUCCCAAACAAAAAGUUUCUUUCCCAAGAAGAGCAAGCUUGUGAAGCUCACUUCAUUAACAAUACAAAGCGGCUCCCUGAUGGUAGAUACGUUGUUAAUUUACCCUUUAAUGAAAUCAAGGACAAGCUUGGACAAUCCUUUUACAUGGCGAAGAAACGGUUCAAUCAUUUAGAAAUGAAAUUAGAACGGAAUCCAAUUUUGAAACAAUCCUAUGCCGAGUUUAUAAAUGAGUAUGAAAAUUUAGGUCACAUGUCAGAAGACUUAAAUGAAAAUUCGUUCAACACCGGGUAUUUUCUCCCCCACCAUGCUAUUAUCAAGGAGGAAAAGUUGACUUCCAAAAUACGCGUUGUUUUCAAUGGUUCAGCAAAGGAUUCUAGGGGGUUUUCAUUAAAUAAUGCUUUAAUGGUUGGUCCCACAGUUCAAAAUGACCUUUUCACCAUCUACACUCGCUUUCGAUUAUUUAUGUAUGUUUUAUCUGCCGAUUUAGAGAAAAUGUAUAGGCAAGUUUUAGUCGCCCCUGAAGAUUUCGACUAUCAAAAAAUAUUGUGGCGAGAUAAUCCAGACAAACCAAUCAAGAUCUUUCAGCUGAAAACCGUAACAUACAGUACUGCCUCAGCUCCAUAUCUUGCCACUCGUGUUCUAUUGCAAUUAGCAAACGAUGAGGGUCAAUUUUUCCCACUUGCAUCUCAAGCCCUAAGGGACAAUUUUUAUGUUGAUGAUUGCUUAACAGGUGCAAAAACUAAACAAAGGGCUCUAGAACUUCGAGAUGAAUUAAUCGAAAUUGUAAAAAAGGGAGGUUUCUCAUUGCGAAAAUGGGCUUCUAAUUGCCCAGAUUUAGUCAACAAUCUUGAUAGUAAAUCAACUGAUUCUCUCAUAUCAUUAAAAUCAGAAGAUACUAUCAAAACGCUGGGAAUUUCUUGGGUUCCAGACAAAGAUAAAAUAAUUUAUUUAAUUAACAACCUGAGUACCAGCAAUGAAAUCACAAAGCGUACAAUUCUCUCUGACAUUGCAAGGAUUUUUGAUCCACUAGGAUUGUUAAGUCCCAUUAUUGUUUGCGCUAAACUCAUGAUUCAACAUUUAUGGAAAAACAAGAUCGAUUGGGAUCAAUGUUUAUCCAAUGAAUUAAGAGUUCAAUGGCUUGAAUUUAAAAAUCAAUUACCCCUUCUUAAUGGGAUUGAAUUUAAUCGUUGUUUAUUUUCACCCGAAUAUGGGGCUGUUCAAUUGCAUGGAUUUUGCGAUGCCAGCGAAAGGGCAUACGCAGCUUGCAUUUAUCUCAGGUCAACAAAUAAAACAGGUGAACACGAAUCUCAUCUUGUUUGCUCAAAAUCACGAAUAGCGCCAAUUCAUCCUGUGACAUUGCCCAGGUUGGAAUUGUGUGCAGCACUUUUAUUAUCGCGAUUAGUUGUUGCCGCAAAACAAGCCUUUAAUCACUUUGAAAUUGAGAAACAAGUUUUGUGGUCAGAUUCGACUAUCGCACUUUGUUGGAUAAAGACUCCGCCACAUACUUUAAAAACCUUUGUUGCAAAUCGAGUAGGUGAAAUUCUUGAAUCAACACAAUCGUGUGAAUGGCGACACGUGCCCACCCUCGAUAAUCCAGCUGACCUGCCUUCACGGGGGGUCAUGCCCAAGGAUUUUUCUAACAUUGACAUUUGGAGGCAUGGUCCGCAAUGGCUAGUACAAGACGAAGAUACCUGGCCUCAACUAGAAUUGAAACCCUGUUCGCUACCUGAACUUCGUAAACCAGUUUCGACAAAUGUUUUCGCAACAGUCACUGAUACUGAUGCAUAUUUUCUUUCACGUUUCUCUUCAAUCCGAACUUUGACUCGAGUUAUAGCUUAUUGCCGCCGUUUCUGUCACAAUGCAAAAGGUUUCGACCGGCUAACUGGUGAACUGACAAUGGCAGAGAGUAAUGAAGCUCACGACUGCAUAAUCAAACUUAUUCAAAAACGCGAAUUUUCUCAAGAAGAUAAUCAAUUAUCUAAUGGCAAUUCCGUUAACAAUAAAAGCAAACUUUUGAACCUUGAUCCAUUCCUAGAAAAAGGAAUUCUUAGAGUUGGCGGACGCUUAUCAAAUUCUGAUCUGAAUUUUAAUCAAAAGCACCCUAUAGUGCUCCCUCGCAAUCAUUCUGUCACUUCUAUGAUAAUUCGCGAACAACACGAGAAAUUGCAGCAUGCAGGAGUUCAAGCGACUUUGUAUGCUGUUCGGGAAUUGUAUUGGCCUAUUGACGGCAGAAAUAUUACACGAAAGGUACUCCGUCAAUGUGUAACUUGUGUUCGUGUCAAUCCACAAGGAUUUGAUUAUAAAAUGGGAAAUCUACCCGCUGAUCGGGUCGAUUAUUGUGGUCCUUUUUUUGUUAAAGAAAAAAGAUAUCGCAAUACAAAGAAUAUAAAAUGCUAUGUCGCAGUAUUCGUUUGUUUUAUUACCCGCGCGGUACAUCUUGAAUUGGUGAGUGAUCUCACUACUGAUGCCUUUCUUGGGACUGCUAUUUUGACUUUCGAACAAUUGCAAGUUUAUGUCUAUGAAAUUGAGGCAAUCUUGAACUCACGUCCUCUCACUCCAAUCUCUUCCGAUCCUAAUGAUCUUCGUCCAUUGACACCUGGUCAUUUCCUAAUUGGUUGCCCCUUGACAACACUACCUGAGGAAAACCUGCUGGACGUCAAACCUAGCCGAUUAUCCCUCUGGCAGCACGCACAACAAAUGAGACAACAUUUCUGGCAGCGUUGGCAAAAAGAGUAUGUCAAUGAACUUAUCACCCGCAGCAAAUGGAAAUCAGGUUCCUCAGAAAUUAAAAUCGGUACCCUUGUUGUCUUAAAAGAAGACAAUUUACCUCCCUUGCACUGGAAAUAG